UCUCUUUUUGUCUUUUAAAGCGGCACAGUUGCCAGUCACACAGAGGAAAUUAAUGUGCUCAUUAUGUGCAAGAGAAGAGUCAUCUUGGCUAUUCGCUGCCUGGUUUGAGCAGCUCAUAUCAACGGGUGCCUUUUUUUCUAUUAACCUCCCCCCCAUCCUCUUUUUUGCCAUACAUGCUCACUGUCCCAAGACAUGAUGAGCCAUUCUGCCCUAUGGGAAUCCCUGCGAGCGAGUGUUACAUCUGAGUCAGAAGCAUCACAGGGAGAUAUGGCACUUCCAGACCUUCAGCAAGCAACUUCAGCAAAGAAAGGAUUCUGAAAACAGUUCUUAUUGGCAUCUGUUCUAUUUUUUAGGACUUGCUUUUAAAUCAAGGAGAACACAAAGGAAAUACUAUAUAAAUACCAUACAAAUGCUUGACAAACAUGUCCUAGCAGAAGGAUGAAUUUCAAUCAAUUUUUUAAAUAGCUAUGAAUGUCUGGUGUGUAUUGGGUUAGCUGUUUUAGGAUGCUUAGAGUUCCCAGCAUAUAACAGAAAGGACCACAGAGUGAAAAGGUUUUUUGGGGAAUCCAUGAACGCUGCUCUUUAAUAAUUUUCCUUAAUGGAAGAUAUGAAAGUCUAUGCAGAAGAGUGAACUGGCAUGCUGGACUGGGUGUGUGCAGAGUUCAAAACCCCUGACUGUACCUGCUGAUGGACUUGGAUCUUCUAUGGAAAAAAAGACAGCGAAAACCAUUGGAUAGCCCAUAACACUGCACCAUGACAAGAUCUGGUGACUCCGUUUUCUAGGACGCUGCCUGCAGAGAACUCAAACCCUGCCUCAUAAUGGAGAACUUCACACUAGCCAGUAGCAAUGCCUCUAGUCUUCAACAUGUGAGCAGCUACAGUCUUUGGGAGAUCAUAACCAUAGCAACCGCUUCUGCCAUUGUGAGUCUGAUAACAAUAAUUGGCAACAUCCUUGUCAUGGUAUCAUUUAAAGUCAACAGUCAGCUGAAGACAGUCAACAAUUACUAUUUGCUGAGCCUGGCUUUUGCUGACCUCAUUAUAGGUGUGUUCUCCAUGAAUCUCUAUACCUCUUACAUACUAAUGGGAUACUGGUCACUCGGGACCCUUGCCUGUGACCUGUGGCUAGCUCUGGAUUACGUGGCCAGCAACGCCUCUGUAAUGAAUUUGUUAGUCAUCAGCUUCGACAGAUACUUUUCUAUCACAAGACCUUUGACUUACAGGGCUAAACGUACACCAAAAAGGGCUGGCAUCAUGAUCGGCCUUGCUUGGUUGGUGUCUUUUGUUUUAUGGGCUCCUGCCAUUAUAUGUUGGCAGUACUUUGUUGGAGAACGAACUGUGCCUCCCGGUGAAUGUGAGAUUCAGUUCUUCUCUGUGCCUGUCAUAACCUUCGGCACCGCCAUUGCGGCUUUCUACAUUCCCGUAUCUAUCAUGACGAUAUUGUACUGUCGUAUCUACAAGGAGACUGAGAAACGCACCAAGGACCUGGCCGAACUUCAAGGCUCAAACUUCUCAGCUGACCCAAGGAUUGCGAAACCUCAAAACCCUCUUCUCAAAUCGUGUUUCAAUUGUAAACGGCAGAUGGAUGCCAACCGGGAUCAGAACGAAACCUCCUGGUCAUCCUCUAGCAGAAGCACGGUCUUGAAAGAAGCCCUCGCACCUAACGUCAACGAUGAGUGGUCCAAGAAUGACCAGGCGACGUCCUUCAAUAACUAUCCAUCUUCUGAAGAUGACGACAGGCACAAGCCCAUCUUCCAGGCUGCUCACAAGAACCAGAUCAGCCGAGGCAGCCAAAACGAAAGCCCUGCAGACUCAGAGGGGAGAGACGACUUUGGUGAAGACCAGCCAAACUUGAGCUGCUACUUCACCUCGCCCGCCAAAUACAUCAACAAUAAAAAAGGGGUUUCCUACAAAUUCAAGCUGGUUGCUAAAGACAUCAGCCCCCCUUUGAACAAAAACGGCUGUUCCCAUCUGGCAGCCUCGUCUUGUUCCUCGGCAGAAUCCAUGGGACCCUUGGCUUCUAAAAACAUCGAUCCCAGCCUGAAGAACCAGAUCACUAAGAGGAAACGGAUGGUUCUUAUAAAGGAGAAGAAAGCGGCACAGACUCUGAGUGCAAUUCUCCUGGCGUUCAUCCUCACCUGGACUCCUUACAACAUCAUGGUCUUAAUUUCGACCUUCUCAGACUGCAUCCCCACCUCCCUGUGGCAUCUCGGUUACUGGCUUUGUUACGUCAACAGUACAAUCAACCCCAUCUGCUACGCCCUAUGCAACAAGACCUUUCAGAAGACCUUUAAGCUGCUGCUGUUCUGUCAGUGGAAUAAGAAGAAGAGGGCCGAGGAGAAGCUAUAUUGGAACAGCCAGAAUCCCACUGCUAAUAACAAACUGCUGUGAGUGGCCAGUCAAGACAGAACACAACGCACUUAUUAUAAAUUGGGGUCGAAUUGUCGCAGCAGUAGUACAAGGGAAAGGGAUUAUGCAUCUGUUUAUUGACUUUUUUGUAUUUAUUGAUAUGUAUUUUUCUUAAUUGUCUGCUGCAAAGGGAAGCAAUUAGCUGUAUUUGUCCAGAUCUGUGGUUGACAUUUAGUCUGCAGUACCAUAUCUGUACUGUAGGUCAUUCGUGUGUUUGCAAACAGAUAGAUGACCAUGGUCACCAUUCUGAAUCUUCCUAACCCUGGCCUGGGUUUAUUCUGUUCAUGGGCUGUAGUUGUGCAUGAACAAAAUGUACCCUGACCAUGUGUGUAAAUAUGUAUUUAUUUUGUCUUGCACCCUCUAUCAUACACAUGUAGGUUUUUCAUUUAAAAAGCAUUGUGAUUGGCUGUUUACUAAGCAACGUCACUAAAUCAAUCAUGCUUCUUACAUCAAAUUCAUUGCAGCAUCUUCUCUGUAUAACUGCUCUGUUUUUCACCCUGGAAAGCCAGCGUAGCAUGAGAUACAGAAGCUGGCAUGGGCUGGAGGAAGAAUAGGUAAGGUUAGAACUCUGCAAUUUAACAUCAUAAAAAUUCAAUGGCCAACAGCUGGCUUGAAAAAUAAAAUUGAUAGUUAACAGUAUGCCCUCCAUAGAAAAUAUAUAAUUGAAUCAUUGUCUAUAGUUGGUUUCUCUCUAGGCUAGGCAACCUGGCUUUAACACGGGUGAUUUUUGUCCUCUAACAUUACAACACAAAAGAAAUGUGUCUUUAGAUCUCAAAUUUGUAACUUUUCCCAUAGUAUCAGGUUACCCAGCCAAGUUUGUGCCCAGAAAAUGAGCCUUUGUUAGAGUGGAAAGUGACUGUCCACAACUCUUCCCCAUAUACCCUCUCUGACCCAUUCCUGAUUCAGUGUGUUAGGGCUAGCAAAGUGGGAAAGAGAAGGAGGGCCUCUGGGCAUGCAAUGACAUAGAGAGGGGAGGGGCCCAAUGUGGAUUAUCAAACCCACAUAUACAAUGCAUAUUUCCACUAGAUUCAAUGAUCUGAAACACAAAACUGAUCUGCCUAUCUAAACUAAAAAACGCCCAGGUAAGGAGUCCUUUCUGAGCUGCAGUGUUACCAUCUGUAGAGCUUCAAAUGUCUUUUAAUGUUUUUUUUGUAUAAUGUCUGCAGUGGUUUGGAAUUCUCAUGCUUCAAUAUUGAGAUAAGUCAUUUUCCCUAAAUGCCUUUCCACCCCACUGAACAUAAAUUUGAGUUAUGUUUCUGUUUUGAGGCACUAUUUAAUGAACUACCAUGACCAUGCUCUUGCAUUACAAAAAUUACAAAACCUUUUAUUGGAACAUUCAGUUAGCCCUUAAUUAAAAACACCUGCAUGACGCACCUCAGGAAAUGAGGUUGAAUGUUCACAAGCAGCAGGCUCCUGGUUAUAUAACUCACCUGCACGCCAUGAGCAGGUGCUCACCUGGGGAUCCUCACAGGGUUAUUAUUUGAUUAAACCCACCCUUUAGUAAUCUAAAGCAAGCAUUAAAUAGAUCUAAAAGCUAGCUAAGAGACAAUAUUGGGGAUAAAUGCAUAAAACUCAAAAAUGGUGUGACACUGGGAAGAAAAAAGAUCCCACUUUGAAUGAUUAUUGUGUCCUGUUCUAGUCACCUCAUUCAAAAUAAUUGCAAAUUUCAUGAGGAGCUACAGAGGAGGGCUAGGCAAAUCACAGGAGCUAAAGGCACAAGCUACUGUAUGAAGACAGGUUCACAGAAAAACAUCUCUUCAUCCUUGGCAGGAGGGAUUUAAUUGAUUAAAAUCCUAAAUUAUAAGUAACAUGUACCUAAAUCAACAGAGUAUGACAAAUGAAAGCACUUAUUACUAAAAAUGAAUCCAUGUUAGAGUUUACCAGAUGAAUCAUAUCUGAAACACUGGGAACUUUAAAAAGAAUCUGAAGCUCUUUAGCCUUUUAUAUGUAUGUAAGUGUUUUCACCAUGUAUUCUGUAUUUAUUGAUUUGUAAUCUUUUUUUUUUGUAUUUAGCUUCCUAACAGCACUGCUGAGUAGAGUUUAGAGCCAUUGAAUUUGACAGGGCUAUAAUGACUGUUGUCAUUCACUCGCUGAUAAAGCAAUGAGAAUGUGGUGCCAUCAGUCUGCUGCAAAACACUCCAUGUGCUGCUAAUGUCUGUGCUAUGUUGUACAUAUCUGCAUAAACAGAAUAGGUGGAAUCUUGUUAUACUAAUGGUUACAGUGACUUUUGCAUAUGUUCUGUGUAUGGUAUAGCUAGAUAUAUACAGAUGAAAUAAAAGUAUAAUAUGUACUCUAUUAAAGGGCACAUGAAAACCUUUUCAUUUUAUUGUGUUGCUACAACUGUUUAUGUAUGUUGUGUGAAUUGUUUUCUUUUUUACAU